GUGAGCACAGGGCUGGAUCUGCAGAAGAGAAUCAUCGGAGGUCAACCAUGUAAACCAACUGAGCGUCAGUACCAUGUGAUAUUAACAGAUAAAAAUGAUAACUUCUUGUGUGGUGGAUCUCUGAUCAGUAAACAGUGGAUUCUGACUGCAGCUCACUGCUGGAAGGGGGAUAUGAAAGUAGUUUUAGGUUGGGGUCAAAAUAAAAAAACAUUGUCAAUCAAUGAAAAACCUGUGAUGUGUGGUGACGACCACAUUCACCACGACAUCAUGCUGCUGAAACUACCCACACCUACUUCCAUUGAACCUGUACCACUUCCUGACUGUGGAAUUCGUCUGAAACCAGGUACAAUGGUUCAGAUUGCAGGUCAUGCAGCCACAGCUGGAAAUGCUGCCGGUAAACAUAUAAGUGGUUUUACACCGGACCUCCAAUGUGCUGACACCAAGGUUACCACCUGUCCAUCGAUAGGCGGCUUAAUACGUUAUCAACACAAGUUCUGUGGUGACACAGGAAGCGGUGUAACUUCAUGUCCAGGUGACUCUGGUGGAGGAGUGGUGUACGACAGCAAGAUUUAUGGUGUCAUUCAUGGCGCUGUGAAUGGUAUAUAUGUAUGUGCUGGAGAAAAUAUAUUUAUGGACGUCUGUAAAUACUUGGGAUGGAUCAAACACAUUACUAAACCACCAAAGAAAAUGUGUCUAUGGUGUGGUUAACUGUGAAAUGCUCUGUUAAUUAAAAGACAUUUCACAGAAAAUUGUGACUUACUCAAAUUUGCACUUGAUAAAUUUACAACUGAUUGGAUUACAUUAAAUGUUCAACUAUCAUUUGUACAACCCUUUAAGACAAAGAACUGUAGUUACACAUGUAGUAUCUGAGUUACAAAUGUUAAUUUACACAAUGUUGCCAUUCAACUGUUGUUGAUCAUUUUUGAACAAAGAUAAUAAAUAAUGAGGACGAGAGAAACUACCAGGUCUGUUUAUAACAAGAUUGUUGACAACAUAAAGGCAAGUUUAGGCUGUGGUUAACUAUGAAAUGCUCUGUCAUUUAAAAGACAUUUUACAUGUAUUAAGAAAAUUGUUGAGUUCAUUUAAAAUGUACUAUUGAUAAUUUCACAAUUGAUUGAAUUACAUUAAAUGUUCAACUAUCAAUUGUAAAACCCUUUAAGAUAAACAACAAUUGUGAUUCUUUCACAUGUAGUAUCUGAGUUACAAACGAUAAUCAGCUGUUAUGGUUGAAAAAACACAUAUCUAUCUAGUUUUUUAACAAAUAAAUAAUUUUUCUUUUUUCAAUGUAAGUUUUACCCUCAUGUAAAUUCAACAGAUUAAUCAUGUUAUCAUCUUAUAUAGAAAAACUAGGCACAAGGCCAGAUAUGCCAAAAACAUACUUUUAGCAAUUAUAAUCAAUGUGACUUAUUUGACAAUGUUGUCAGUUAAAAUAAAAUAAAGAUGUCUCACAAUCA